UCACGUCCGUCUUUCCUCGAGGAUUUCUGUGCGAUGAGGGUUUUCACCAACUCCUUGUGGCCCACUGGGACACCUCCAUCACCAAGGAUGUGUUGGCUCACUGGCUGGAUCUCAUCAACUCUGAAGGAUGGAUACCCAGGGAGCAGAUCCUGGGACACGAGGCCAGGAGUAAGGUUCCUCCUGAAUUCAUCGUCCAACACAACGAGAAUGCCAACCCGCCCACAUUCUUCCUCACCAUGGAAACGCUGUUGUCUCGUAUGGAGUCGGAGGGGAGGGUUGACAUGGAGUACCUCGACUCCGUUUACCCCAGACUCCAGGUCUGGUACUCCUGGUUCAACUCCACACAGGUACCUAACUCGUUUGACCAGUUUACUUGAACUACACCUUAGCAUUGCCUUUCUUUUUUUGUCCUGUUCUUCCUUUUUGUGUUUUUGUUGUCUUUUGACGAAUUAUUUGUUUUGUAUUGUUUUGUGUUUGUAGUCGGGGCACGACCUCUGACCUAUCGUUGGAGAGGUAGAAAUUCCACCACUGACAGGAACUGAACCCUAAGACACUGACGUCCGGGUGGAUGACUAUCCGAGAGCCACUCACACCGCCACUGAUGAGUACCACGUUGACCUCUAUGCUGGAUGACUCUUGCUAGUGGUGUGAUGGCCAAAUGGCCGAACCUCCUCAAUAGUUAGUAUCUCUCUUUCAUAUCUAUUCAUGUCGUCUUCCCUCUCUCUCCUCUUCUGUUCUUAUUUCUCUGGUUCACGCAACACUUUGAUGUUUGUAUCUCACGGUAAUCUUCAUAUCAUAAUAUGGCUUGUAUCUCAGUGAAUAAGUCUUUUAAUGUCUUCAUUUCAUCAACAUAACCUACAUGUGUGAGCGUAUUCCAUCUUUUCUCUCCCUCUCUCUCUCCCUCUCUCAGAGGACUCCAGUUACUACUGGGCCACUUACAGAGCUCUAGCUGACCCCAGGAACCUUGACUCACUUCACUGGGACAAAUACACCAUGGUAACCCCUUGCCUUGUUGACAGUUUAAUUCUCCAGCCGUAGUCAAAGUAUUUAUGAUG